AUGCCAGGUGACCAAAGCGCGCCACCCUUGGCAAAACUCACGGAGGAAGAUGGCUUGCAAGCGAUGGCUGCGGCCAUGUUGUUUCACUUUCCACGCCUACGCGUGAGCCUCAUCAAACUCCUUGGCAACGCCCUGUGCCGUUGGUCGGUCGCCACAAACGGCGACGCCGGGCUAGGGGACACCUGCUGUGAGUUGAUACUGGAGGCGAUGCUACAUGGACAGAGCUCUGAGUCCGAUGAAGAGGUGUUGAUCGCGCGCUUGCGCGCUUCACUGGCAGUCCUUCAGAGCUGUCCGGCCACGGACGAUGCCGAGCGCUCGUCCUUGAAGUUGGCGAAUGUCAUCGCAGCUUGGGUGGUGGAGCAGCUGGGCGCCACGUACCCCACGAAGAACCGGCUGAUUGGUUUGCGCCUGGAUCAAAGGCGCCACUUGGCGCUGCAGCACGUGGCAUGGCCGCUGUGUCGAGACCUUCUGGGCGCAAAAAUGUCGAGUUCGGUGAUGGCCAGGAGAGCGUUCUGCUUCUUCUAUCUCUGUGCCAGACGCCUCACCGGCACCGGUACCCACGCUGUCGACGACGACGCUGACAUCAGCGGCCGGGUGGCCUUUCUACGCGAGGUCUUUGACAGCCUGGUGCUGUCAGAUGCUCUGCAGGCGGCGCCGGUCUUCCAAAGCCUGCUGCGUGAGAAGAGCAGCGAGGCGCGUGGAGCCAGUUUGUUCGUCCAGGCCUGGAUGGCUGCAGCCACUCCGCACCGAAGUGCGGCCUACGAACUGCUGCUGCGGCUCUGCGCGGAACGCCUCGAUGUGGACAGUGCGGCGUGGGUGCUGGUGGAAGCCGUGAUGUAUCGCAACGCACAUGGCUUGAACACCGACAGCUGGGGCCUUUCCCCCCUGGGCUUCGACGGCCCGGCGCCGUCACCUUCAGCGCUGCGGCAGCAGCUGCGGACGUCGACGUCGACGUCGAGCGCGGCGCGAGAGCAGAUCUUGGCGUUGCUGCCGUUGCUGUGA